AUGGAGACCAGCAGCUAUGGUCCUCAACAUACAACACCAGAUAUGGAUGUCUUCCCAAAGAAAGCCCUUGAAGCUGUAGACAUUGUGGUGUUGGUUCUGUACUUUGUGUUUGUCUUGGCAGUUGGUUUAUGGUCCAUGUGGAGCACCAAGAGGAGCACAGUAACAGGAUACUUCCUGGCAGGAAAGAGCAUGGUAUGGUGGCCUGUGGGAGCCUCCUUAUUUUCCAGUAAUGUUGGCAGUGGGCAUUUCAUUGGCUUGGCUGGUUCUGGAGCUGCGUCUGGUAUUGCAGUUACUGCAUACGAAUGGAAUGGCCUGUUUUGUGUUCUCGCUUUGGCCUGGCUCUUUCUGCCUAUUUACAUAUCCGCAGGGGUGACCACGAUGCCAGAAUAUCUGCAGAGACGUUUUGGGGGGAAGAGAAUCCAGAUAUAUCUGGCUGUUCUAUAUCUUUUUAUCUACAUCUUCACCAAAAUAUCUGUUGAUAUGUACGCAGGUGCUCUUUUUAUCCAACAAGCUCUGCAUUGGGACCUGUAUGUGGCCGUGAUUGGUCUGCUUGUGAUCACUGCUAUCUACACAGUUGCUGGGGGGCUGGCGGCAGUCAUCUAUACAGACACGUUGCAGACUGUGAUCAUGAUUAUAGGAGCUCUCGUUCUCAUGGUUUACAGUUUCAUAGAGGUAGGGGGUUAUAGCGCACUGGAGGAAAAAUAUUUUAAUGCAAUACCCAAAAGUCACCAAGGGCAUAAUGGGACUUGUGGGCUUCCUAGAGACGACGCAUUUCACAUCUUCAGAGACCCAUUGACCUCUGACCUACCAUGGCCUGGGGUCCUUGUAGGAAUGACAAUCCCAUCUCUCUGGUACUGGUGCACUGAUCAGGUGAUUGUUCAGAGAUCGUUAUCUGCUAAGAACCUCUCGCACGCGAAGGGGGGAUCCUUACUUGCAGCAUACCUGAAGGUUUUGCCUCUUUUUUUGAUGGUUCUACCUGGUAUGAUCAGCAGAAUUCUCUUCACAGAUCAGGUGGCAUGUGCAGAUCCAGAACUAUGCAAGAAAAUCUGUGGUAACCCAUCAGGGUGUUCAGAUAUUGCCUAUCCCAAGAUGGUGAUUGAGUUAUUGCCAACAGGGUUAAGAGGUCUUAUGAUGUCAGUAAUGAUUGCUGCUCUCAUGUCUUCACUGACUUCCAUUUUUAAUAGUGCAAGCACCAUCUUUACAAUGGAUCUGUGGCGCCACAUGCGACCGCGCUGUAGAGAGUGGGAACUCAUGAUAGUUGGGAGAGUUUUCGUCCUGGUGCUGGUGGUGGUGUCUAUUCUUUGGAUUCCCUUGGUUCAGGCCAGCCAGGGUGGGCAGCUCUUUAUUUACAUUCAGUCCAUAAGUUCAUACCUCCAGCCUCCUGUGGCUGUUGUCUUCAUGGCAGGGUGCUUUUGGAAACGUACAAAUGAAAAGGGUGCAUUCUGGGGACUCACAAUAGGUUUGGUUGUGGGGAUCAUCCGAAUGGUUUUGGAUUUUGUCUACACUGCACCCCAGUGUGACCAACCAGAUACCAGACCAGGUGUGGUGAAAUAUGUGCAUUACCUGUACCUGUCUAUGAUACUUGGGCUUCUUACCUUGAUUAUUGUUGUGGUGGUUAGCUUGUGGACAGAACCGCCUUCCAAAGAGAUGACCAGCCGCCUCACCUGGUUUACACGGUUUGAUGCAGCACCUAAAACCCUGGAGGAUACAACGUGCAAUAAUGUGACGCAAAAUGGCGGCAGUGUGGUUGAAAAUGUACCCGACAAGAAUGAUACAAGCUCCACAGAAGGAAUUAUUGAAACAUCAACAGAUGAUGCGCCAUCACAGACCUCAAAGUUCAAGAAAGCCAUUCUCUGGAUAUGCGGAAUGAACAGCAAAGAUAAAGAUGGAGAUACCCAGGCCUCUCCGGCACCGCUAGAGUCUGCUGAAGUUUUGUUGCAUGAGGGUUUUGCUGUGAAGCAACUGCUAAACAUUAACCUUAUCAUGUGCACGAGUGCCGCUGUCUUCCUCUGGGCUUACUUUGGGUAG